GAAUACAUGGAUCUUAAUGGUGUAAAUAUGCAUGGGACAGGGGCUGGAAGUGGAAGAAGACUCACAGGUACCACAUGAGCAUCUUUGAGGUCGAAGGCAAGUAACCCAAAGAACUGCGCAAGCUGGACAGUUCUUCUGACAGACCCCUUCCUUCUGGACCAAACUCUGCGACGCCAUUUCCACUCUGGCCCUGCGUCCACAACCUUCGCCGCCUCAGUCUUCAAGACCUCGAGCGCUUCUGCUGGAGUCCCUGGAGUCCCUCGACCGCGCGAAUCGUGACGAAGCAAAAGCUGAACGUCUUCGAUUUAAAACACUGCAGAAUGACCAAAUCAUGCGGCUGUGUUUGUUGACAAAUAGCCAAAAGCACCUCCGUGGGUGUUUUCGAGCAAACACCUCUACAAGUUGGCUCCACCGUCCUCAUGGUGCGAAAGACACGCGCGAACGGGAACCAUCGUCCGGCCUCAUUUCGUUGACUUUGAAUAAGGAAAGCAACCAUGGCACCCCCAGCACAGCUCAAUUCGUUUUUCUUCAAGCAAGCAUGGUGAUCUUGUUGACUUGCAAGGUCAUGGGAGUAACUGGAGUAAUUACUGUGGAAAUCUUAGCCCUCUUGCCACAGCCAAGAACAGCCAGUAUUUACAGGAAAAAUACACCAUUUUUUGGGCCACUGUCAACAUAUUAUGGGGCCUCCACAUGUUCAGUCCAAAGGGCAAGUUUUGCAAUUGGGAGCCCAAAGUUUUGCAAUUGGAAACCCGCACUUUCGCAAUGAAGGGCCCAGAGUUUCGCAAUUAAAAGUCCUUCUUUUUCCGACCCCCUCAAACGAAAAGGUGAACGGCCGACAAGCUUUAUGAGGCCGACGUUUUCCUGCAAACACAGGUCGUUGGAGAGACACCGGGAGAGCAACUCUCUCCAAGACUUGUCCUAGGGCCCUCGUACUCCGACGUCCUAAGUGCUGAGAGUCAUGGAGGACCUUAGUCAUAGGGGAUCUUUACAACCGCUGGUCGUCUACUUCUCCAACCCGACCCCUUGGGCAGUUGGGGAGCUUGGCCACGAACCGUAAGUAGGAGUGACCAAGCGCUGGCAUUUCUUCUGGAUCUAAAGGAAGUGAACCCCAAAGCGGUGUUCCCGAGCUCUUCCUUCGGCGCUUCCUUCCCGUGGUGCGGUCGUGGCCGCGAUGGUGUUCUGGCGGCGUUCGUGCCCGGUGCAUCGACCCCAAGCGCCGCUGGAACCCAAGCCAUGCUGCUCCAGCGGAGAUUGGCGCCGGGCACAAUGCGCCCUUCCGGCGGACCUGCUGGAAGAUCCGCGGGCCCCCAGGUGGCCGCGGCCCGAAGUCACCUCAGCAGACUUCCGGCAGGACUGCUACAUGCAGGUGCCUUUGAAGGGCCAAUGGAUUUGCAGUUGCACACGUGCAAAUCUGCUCAAGGAGGACUUUUGCCGUGGCUGUGGAGGCAAGUCACCGGAAAGGCGACAGAGGGACCUGGACGAGCGGCAGCGGGCGGAGGAGCAGCAACGUUUGGAGGCCUUGGCACGUCAGGAGCGAGCGGAGCGGAACCAGCUCACAGCCAUGGACCUGGCGCACGCACACAGCGAAGGCUUCAAGUUGCUGCCCACUCGAAAGGGCUGGGAGGAGGCGCCGCGGAGACGGACCGUGGAUCGGGAGGCAUAUAAGAACCUCCUGCGAUUUGCGGCGUGGAAAGCAGGACGCGAUGCUGACCUUGCUGAGUACUGAGGCUUGGCAUUAGUCUUGAGCUGAAGUAUUUUGGCUGGCCAAAUCACGGCCCAGCCUUAUUCUCAAAUUCUUCUGGGACAUGA